CGGAACAGGGCAUGAUGUGCCAUGACGGCCAGAGUGAAUUGCUAAAUAUUUAGACUCUUCGUUUAUGUGAAUUCAAACCUUGACUUCGACGUUCCGUUUCGUCAUGUCCCGUCCUGCUGACGACCUGUGUUGUCAUUUUAAUUUUGAAAUACACUGUGGAAUGUUUAGACAUUCCGUUCAGACAAGUGUGAAUCAGCCUUAAAUACGAUUUUACCUUGAAAUAAUCGGUGUUUACCAACGAGUUUAAUUUAGUGUCUUCGGUGGUUUCGUCUAAGAUUCUCGUCCUUGGUUGAGACAGCUGUGGAGUUCAAGCUGACCAACAUUGGAAAAUGACAGCUGGGAAGUUCGUCGGAUGCGAAUAUCGUUGGUGUCACAUUUGCGCAACAGGUAAACAAGAGAGAUGUAGUUUUGUGGGGGUCGGGCAAAAUGAAAACAUUUUGGGAGUUUGGUGUAAAUCAUGAACGAAACGUGUGACCACCUCAUCAAAACCAAAAUCUCGUCAGACUAUCUGAAAUUAGUAGAGCUGUUGUAAAAGUGUCGUAAAAUGUGAUUUUCGUGGCAUAACUGUUUUUGUGUCCGCGACGCGAACCGUGAGUCAUACAUCCUUUCUUUGCUUGUUAGCGAGUAACAUGGAUAUCCCAAUUCCAAAACCUAGAAGAAACCCACAGUUAAAACCAAGUCAGGACGAGGCUCCUAAAAAGCCAGUCCCUUUACCAAGACAAAGACAAGGAAAGGGUUCUGACUGUGAUAGCAGUGAAACGGAUAAUGUGACAGCAGACAGAAGUAUGAAACAUUUAGAUCGUUCUCCGUCGAAGCAGCCGUCUUCGAGGUCCAUAAGGAAAGAAAUUGAAGCUGCAUCGGAAGCAGUACGGGAGAAAGGAAGGACAGCAUUUGGUAAUACGAAGAAUGCAAGCUUGAAACUGGAAAAAUCGUUUCGUAGCAUUGGCAAAAGAUUAACAGUGCAUUCUCUUGGUAAAAACACUGAUGUCGGUGUGGAAGAACCUAAAGUAGAGAGGAGUCAUUCACUUCCUGCCGAAAAUAUUUUUCAGUCAAUUUCUUUUAAGUCACCGUUAGUCGCGGAUGAUUCAGCUGAGACAUUAGUUAACCUAUGUGAACCAAAUGAUGACGAUUUUCAGUCAUUUAACGCGCCUCCACCCAUAUAUCCCCCGCCCCCAUUACCUGAUGAGUCUGUGUAUGAUGAAGUUCAGUCGGUGUUGAGCCAUUCAAGUGUAGCAGAUGAGGAAUGUAUCAGAUGUAGUAGUGCAGCAUCUUGCCCAGACAGCGCCUCUGUUUAUGAGGAGGUAUCAAUCUCAAAUAGAAGAAUUGUGACAGCUAAAAGUAUGUUGGGAAACAACGAUGUUCAGGCGGCACUUAGAAAGUUGUCCAUAUCUGAUACAUUGCCAUCAUCUGAUUCAUCAAAAUGUUCAGAGAUGGCACUUGACAGUAAGUCUAGACAUGACAUUGCAAGCAUUUUUGACGAGAGCCUUGUCAGCGGAAGAAAUUCUGUUAGCAACAGUAGUAUAUCACCGUCAUUACUUAGUGAAUUAGACUUGUCAGAAUAUAAUACUAGCCCUGAAGAAAUCUUUGAAGAUGACCGAUACAGUUGUUCUAUGCAGUCCAAUGUAUCUAGUGCUUUCAGUGUUCAGAAUGAACUUUAUGAUAAGUGGGAACCAGAUCUACUGUCAAAACCACCAGGAGAUUUAUUCAGGAAAAAAGGAGAAACAAGACGUGCUGGUUUACCAGCAAAUUCAGUAAUAUAUGAAUUUGAUCCCUUGUUUAAAAGUACUCCUGACUCAAAGAAUGCUACUGACAUUGAGUUUCAGUCACUGCUGCUGGGUGAUGCAACAGCUGUAGCAACAGAUUCACCAUAUGGAAAAAUUAACAGAGUUAUAUAUUCUACAAUUCCUGAAGCCCCCAAGGACUGUCCCCCUAUUCCACCUAGGAGAUCAGACUCUGUUACUGUCAAUCCUAAAGUAACUGGUAGUAUUGUUAUUGAUGACAGUGUUAUACAACAAGAUUAUCAGAAUAUAAGCAGGAAUGUUCCUGCAUCAAUAGAAACUGUAUUGAUAGUUGACCAAGCACCAGAGGGGAGAUCUGUGGAUGACUCUGUUUCUCAAGUAGUCAGUACACCAGUCAAAUCAAGAAAAUCAUUGGUAAGGUGGUCAAGCAUGAAAAAUGCUAUGAAAUUUGUGUCAGACUCUUCCUGGUCACCCACUCUCACAAGACGUAACAAUAAACUUGAGAAGACAAAAAAGCAAGAAGCUUCUUUGUUUUAUGAAACUGAUUCACAGGUGGACCUGGAACCGCCAUUAGUGCAACCACAGAUGUCUAAGUUGCACAGUGGGCUCUUGUAUAGGUUAAACAGCAAAAAAUCAAAUGAUUAUGUUGAACGCUGGUGCAGCUUAGCAGAGGGGAAAUUAUCCACUUAUAUGGACAAAAGUAUGAUUGCCGUUAAAGAUGUAAUUCAGCUGGCAAGUGUUAUGAGUAUACAUGUUGUUUUGGACCACAAGAUAAGCUGUGAUGGUGAUUGUUUUGAAAUCACGUUAGUUAAAGGCCAGUCCAAUACAUUUGGCACCUCUGGAUCUGCCGAGCGCCGCAUAUGGAUGCAGAAAAUAUUAGAAAGUAUUACUUCAGUUUUUCCUACAAGGAUCACAGCAGAGUACACACGAGCAGGAUGGUGUUUCUUAAAGGAAGGUAUUAAUGGGAUAUGGCACACUGGAUGGAUUUUAAUUACUGAGAGAACACUUCUGUAUUGCAUUACCAAUGGUGCUGUUCAAGAAGCUGAUCUGCGGAAGGCAAGAUAUGUUGUUUUGCAACCAGUAGAAAAAGAUUCAGUUGUCCCACAAGUAUUAGAAAAUGGUCCUCUCGUGGUUGCUGAUUUCCACACAGGGCUAGCCUUGUACCUAAGAUUAAAUAUACAAAGUGAAGCAACAGCAUGGCAGAAAGCAAUUCACAGAGCAGCAGUUAAUAAUGGCUUGCAUCUCCAUGAGCAGCAACUGACUCGAGAUGAUGUUCCUGUUAUUGUUGACAAAUGCAUUAAUUUUGUAUAUGCUCAUGGAAGUUUGUCUGAAGGCAUAUAUCGACAUGCUGGAAAAAACUCAAAUGUUACACGGCUUCUUGCAUUAUUCAGAAAAGACGCAUGGCAUGUUCACCUUGCCAAAACUGAUUUUUCAGAGUAUGAAGUUGCAACAGUCUUGAAGCGAUUUUUCAGAGAGUUACCUGAAUGUCUUUUCACUGCUGAACUUCAUGAUCAUUUAUGUGAAAUUGCUGCUGGAAAAUAUGGAAGGGAGCGCACCACUUGGUACAGCAGGGUCCUCGAGAAAUUACCUCCAAUAAAUUAUGUAACUGCUCGAAAGUUGGUUGGCCACCUCUAUUUUAUACAUGAACAGUGUGAAAAAAAUCGAAUGCCAGUUGAUAAUUUAGCGGCUAUUUGGGGACCUACGCUCAUGCAUGUGGAGUCUGAUGACACACUGGAUGCUUCCCAGGCUGAAGUUUCUGUUGUGGCAGAUUUAAUCAGGCAUUAUCCAGAACUGUUCAGGGUUGAUAACGAGGAACUGCAACGGGAGAAACGCAUGCUUGAAAUCCUAGAGCGCUACCACCACAGCAAUAACAACAUGUCUGUGAAGCAGACAGGAGAAUUUAAAGUCUGGAUUCAUUUAGAAGCAAAAGAUUCUGGAAAUUGUGUUAGUGUAACGAUUGGCCCACAGAAAUCAGCUGGUGACAUUUGCAUGGAAUUAGCCAGCAAAAUGAACUGGCCUGGGCACAGACUUGUUCUUGAGGAAGUGAUAUGUAAUGGUGAACUGACAAGACCUUUACACUACACAGAAAAGGUCCUUGAUACUGUUCUAAGGUGGGGAUACUGGGACGAUGCUGAUCGCAAAGAUAACUGUUUGGUGCUGUGCAGGAACACAGUUUUGGAGGAAGUAGCUCCUCUUGCAAAACCUCCACUUUCAAUGUGUGGUGAACUAAAAUUUGCUGACCGGAAAAAUAAGUCAUUCAAGAACUUUCUGUUUGAGUUUAGUCAAGCUAAACUUUGCUAUUACAGGGAUAAAGAUGGCUCCAUAAAAAUAAAUGAAUGGAAAAUUGAAGAUAUUGUAUGGUAUGUUGGACAUGAAUCAAAACGAAAUCCACAUAUGAGGUGGGCAAUAACUUUUGUGGAGAAAAAUGGCAAAAGAAAUCGGUCAAAAGAAACUCCGUAUUUUGGAUACACAAUUGCUGGUUCAUCCCGUGAAGAGCAGCUGCGUUGGAUGGCAGCUAUGUUAAUAGGUGAAUAUCCACAAGGAAUUUUGCCUUCACCUAUGCUGUUAGAAUAAAUUGUAAUCAUAUUAUCUGGGUACUGUUUUUAGAAGGACUUCGUCUGGUAUUGUUGCCUUUCAAAACUUGAAAAGUCAAGUCUGCUUCUGUGACUAUAAUCAUUGUGGACAUAGAGCAUUCUUUUUAAUGUAAUCAAUGCAGUCACUUUGCUUGUAUGUUUUUUUUCUAAUUUUUAUCCCAAUCAAAGUGAUAUUUGUACAGUAUCAAUUUAGUGAUCACUUGCUUGGCAAGGAUGGAGAGGUGCACUUUUAACUUCAUUGUUAUGUAGAUAAUUUGUCAGUUUUUGGACAAUUUGUUGUCUUCACAUUAUUUUCAUUGUGGCUUGAUACUGAAAUGAACUGAUAUAAUGAACAAACAAUUUGUUUUUGAUGCUAGAUUACCUGAAAAUGGAAGUGUAUACCUCUUUUAUUCAUUGUAACAAAAAUGUGGAAAUUUUUUAUCUAAAUGAAUUCAUAAAAAUAUUACAUGCAUAAGAAUCACUGUUUAAUAUAUUUGGAAGAAAAUUAGAUAGUACAAAAAAAUCUGUGUAAUUUUCUUUUUAGUUAGUCCUUGAGAGAUAUUUUUGUAACUGGCUAUAUAUCUUGUAUUCUACAGAUAUGAUUAUUGGUUCCUGAGUUUGCUUAUCUUAUUUGUAAAAGACGUAUAAUAAUACUGACAAAUGAGCGAAACCAAUUUACAGUUGUAAUGAAUGUUUCUUCCUUAAUGAAUCUCGUGAUGAAAUAUAAGUUUUGUAAAACUUGUUUUUAUAUGAAUAUAUUGAAAUGUCAAAAAAUGCUGAAGCAAAACUUGUGUUUUUCCUGUAUGCAGCACGAUGAUGUGCAAGUAAGGAAGCUUAGCCAACAGUUUGUGAUGUGGCAGCUGUGGGGUUGUGAGUUUUGUCAUGACUUUAAGUGAAAAUUGUAUUAGACAUAUUACAUAUUGAGCACUUUUUCUCUUCAGACAAGUUCUCUCCAUUUGUGGUCAUCAUUGUUGUUUUUCCAUUGUCAGUACUGUCCAUGGGAUACGGCUCUUGAGAUUUUGUGCAGUUAUCCUGUGGUAUUUUCCAAAUUGCCUCUUUGUUUCUGUAAAUGUAGAGUCUGGUAGACUUUGUUUGGAGAACAAGAUAUAUGAUAUAGACAGCGAAUCUCUAAAGUUCUUUCAGCUAAUUGCUAAUGAGAAGUGUAGAAUGAGCCAGAUUAAUACAAUGCACUGUGUUUUAAAAGUGGGGCAUCUUCAUAUUUGCUGAAAUGUCCUGAUGCAAUUUUUUACCGUGUGACCACACAGUGUGAAUCUGUAAUGAGAAAUGUAUUUACAGUUAUAUACAUAGCCUCAGUCUCUAUUAUUCUUGCUUGAAGAAAUUAUUUUGCCAUCUCCCUUUCUGUGUAAAAUGUAAUUACAUUUUAGGAAAAAAUAAUGGUAUGUAAAAUUAUUGAGGUAUUUGUGAUAGCAAAUAGUGGUAUCGCAACAUUCUGGGUCUGCAUAUCCUCUUCUGUGUAUUUUGUUCUCUCUGUCAUAACUCUGAUUCAUAUAAAUAUUUACUAUUAGUAAUCCUGCUGCUCACCAUUUAUUUUGAAUCCUGCACUGGAUAAAUUUAGGUGGCAGUACUUUUCCUUUGUGUGAUGCCCUCUCAGUACAUUUUCUGCCGCCAGCCAGCUGUGUGUGUGCUUUCAAGGAAGGAGUGUGUUUCUGCUGCCUGUCGUACUUCAUAAAGCAAGUUAUCAUUCAAACAAAGAUGAGCUACUCACAAAGUUUCCUUUGUAUUUGGCAUCUACCAUCUUGCUGAAUACCUUUAAGUGGGCUCUAAAUGUUUCAAUGCAAGAACAAACACACUUCACUGGAGGAAAACAGUUUUAUGGUUUAUUUCUUAAGCACAACACACUAUGUGAACUAAUAAGGGGCUCAGUUGUGAGUUCUUCCAAUCCUUUUCUGUUCUGCAUAUAUUCAUGGAUUUUUCAGUUAGGCACCUUUCAUGUUUCACAUGUUAUCCUAUAAUUGUCUGUCAGUUAGUAUCUUCUUUUCUCCAUUAUUCUUUCAUUUAACAUAAUCAGUUAGGAUUUACAACAGUAAUUAGAAAAGCAUGGAAAUAUUACUACCAUUGUUUCUUCUAAGACAUGCAAGUCUUACGCUAUUCUGGGAGAGUGGCUUCAGUGGAGGUAUAACAGUGCCACUGACCUGGUAGCUGAAAUAUGAACAUCAGCUGGAAAAUGGAUAAAAAAUCAGGAUACAAUAAAAGAAAGAAACAACUGAUUAACAGAAAAAGAAUUUUGUAUUGUGUAUACCAGCUCGAUAAAAAUUAGGAAGUUCAUAACUUAUAAAUAAUUGCUGUGGUUAUCCUGUGAGAACUGUCAGAGUUGUAAAGAAAAUGUGGAACUUACAUGUGGGAAUUAGUACCUGAGAGUUAAUGGUUGUGCCAUGUUUGUUUAAACCACUAGCUAAUGUACGUUUCACAUGCCUCUCAUUUCUGUCUUUUUAAUGUCAAUGUCAGUUUUGUGAAGGAAUGGAAAUCUAUUAUGACAGCUUGUAUAUGUUGGACAAGUUUCAUAGCAGAAGUAAAUAGGUAAUGAAUUGGGAACCAGUGUUGCAGAAGAAACAGUAUUUUCUAUUGUAUUACUAUGAUGUUACUUAUUGAUUUUUAAAUAGCAUUUAACACUGAUACCAAGUAUCUAUGAAAUACAGAGUAUUUAAAUUAUAAGACUGUCUAUAAUACUGCUUAUGUUUCUUUCAAGGUAAUAGAUGUCAUAUUUUUGAAGUAUUUGAAUAUAUUGCAAAUAAUGAUUUCAUGUAUAUAGUGUAGCUUUUGUCAUUCAGAAAUGCUGUUCAUGAGACAAUGUGGAUCAGUUUAUAAUAAGCCCUAUUAGCAGAGCCUUCCCUCAGACAUGAAGGCUGUAUGUUAAAAUCCAAAUACAGGCACAAUGUGAUACUUUGGGGUACAAGUAUUCAUAAAUGGCAGCGCUCAACUGUCAUAUUCAUUUUUUAAAACUUUGUGUUGUCUUACCUUGUAUAAGACAACAAAGAGUAUAUGAUCAUGUGUAAUGAAGUAUGAGGAGCAGCGUAACAAUUAAAUGUUUAGUUGCAUUAAAUCAGUAAAUACAAAAAAGAUAUUUCCUCUUUAAUAGUGAACACCAAUUAGUGUUGCUGUCAUUCCAAUGUAUAAAGCUUGUGCAGUGUUCUCUAUGCUGUGUGUAUCAGCUUCCUGCUGUUAUCUUACUAUACAUGAUGGUUAACUGGUAAUAUAGAGCUACAGAAAUUUUAGAACUGGUGUAAAUAUAUCAUGGACUGUUUCUUUGUAUUAAAUGUUAUUUUUCAGAAUUUUUAUAUUUUGUAUAAAGACCAAACAUAUUAUUCUCUUGAGUUGUAAUUUGAAACAAAUAAAAAAUAUACCUCUAUUUUAGUAUAGUACUUAAAAGCAGAUUUUAUAUGUGUAAAUAAUGUGUGGAAAAGAAUUCUAAAUUUUUAAGCACUUUUACAUUACAAUUUGCCUCGUAUAGAGUGCCUCAUAUGAUUUACUAUAAUGAAACAAAUACAUUCUUUGUUUACUCAUUGGACUCAUGUGUCGUCUUUUGCUUGGAAAGUUUUAAAUUAAUGAAAGUGUUGUAUGUUAAAUAUAUUUUUGGCAAGUACUUGUGCAGUGGCUGCAGAAUUUGGAGAACUUACCAGCAUUCCAUUGUAUUUUAAUAAUGUUCAUCCUUUUGCCAGAAGUUAUUCCAUGGUAGGUGGAAAUGUCCUUGCCGGAGGUGCUCAGACCCACUUCUUAUACUUUGGUAUUAAUAUAGCCCAAAAUUUUUAAUACUGUUUUAUGUAAAGAAACAUUGUUUAUGAUUUUGUAGAUUUAAUGUCUGGUGGUAUAACAUUUUUUGCAUAUUUACUAGUGGCUGAUCAUAUUGUCAGUCCACUGACAACUUCUAAGAUAAAAUUUAAAUUCAUAAAAGCUACUUUCACAAAAUAUGAUCUUAUUCCUUAUGUAGAAGGAAUUUCUUGUGGAACAUAUUAAGAACAGCAAAAAUGUCAGAUGGCUUCUUAUUUUGUGAAAAAUGAGACUGUAGACUUUGAAUAUGCAUUUAGCACAAUGAUAUUGUCACAUUUGCAUGAUGAUUUUUACAGUGUUUUUGGGUUGGAGGAUAUAUUUUCCAACCAGGCAUUUCUAACUAUUCAGAAAGUCGCGUCUUCCAGCUGCACACUUUUAAAAUAUUCUGACAUACAUUUACAAUGAUAUUCAGAUAAAAUACAAAUGCAAUUCGUGAUAAAAUUACUGCAAAUACAAAAGUCUUAUAUCUUUUUCUACAUGCAAAAUAUGGGACCAAAGAAUUCAGCUCAGCUUUCAGGGCUGUGGGGGAAGUCAAGACAUUUUGCUUCCUGAGAGAGAGAGAGAGAGAGAGAGAGAGAGAGAGAGUGUGUGUGUGUGUGUGUGUGUGUGUGUGUGUGUGUGUGUGUCAUCGGCUGUAGGCAUUUGGAUUUCAAUGAAAGUUUAAGAAUUUAACACUGUGCAUGAGCUUUCAGAAUCCAAUAUCUGAUUUUUAGAGAUUAAUUGGACAAAGUUGAAGAACUAAAGUCUGCAAGGUGUGUGUGGGGUUGGGGGUGGGGGGGCAGGGCAGCGGUUUGAGCAGUUUGCACACCCUUCCAGUGAUACUGAGUUUUCGUGUGAUUUAUGCAUUUCUUUAUCACCUUGUAUUGUCUUCUGUUAUGCCUCUGCUUUUUUCCAUCAUGGAGGAGUAUUUCAAUAAUACAAAAGCUCAAAACUUCUUGUUUUUUUAAAUCUCCACACUUCGACCUUCUAUUUCAAGAACAUCACUUUUGUCUCCUGUUUUGUAAUUUAUAACUUCUGUUUUGGAUUUUACUGUUUAGAUUUUAUAUUAUUUGUGUUAUUUAUUAUUUAGAUGUGAAUGAACAGAAGCAUUCUUAAUUCAUUAUUUUGAAACUUCACAACAAUGUUUAAAUAACAGGAAAUUGAUCUGUAUUGUAAUAUCCUUUGAAGGCUCAUUCAUUAUAACUAUAAGAGAUUUUGUGCUUUAAAAAGCUUUUUUCAACUGCAGUCUCUUUUUUGGUGCUUUUAGUAUUUGUAAAUUUGUUAUAUUCUCAGUAAUUUCUAGUCAUGUCACUGGCACAUUUCUUUAAUUAAAUUUAUAUGAUUGAUUGUGUCUUAAUGGUGUAUUUAAAUAAAGAUUUUUUU